ACAACAACGCAAUUUCCCUCUUUCUCUAUCUUUUUUCGCGCCAAGAGAUCCAAUCCUCACAACCAAACAGGCCUCUUCACAUUUCCCAGUAAUUCCAUUUUCCAUUUCCACUACCAAGCUUCUUCCUUUUUCCAGCACACAAGCAAUGGGAGCUCAAAAAAUCAAAACCCUUCCUCCAAAUCCACACUCCUUCGAAACCCUAUUCUCCUCAAUCCAUUCCCCACAGGAUUUCACCAAAUCGAUCUACUUUCUCUUCUUCAACUCGUCCCUAAACGCACGACUUCACCGAUCCGAUUUCGAAGCCAUGUACGGACUCUCUCAAACAUUUUUGUUUGAAGAUCUCGAUCGGCGAUUCAAGCAGCUCUUCGUCUUCGAUCGAAAUCAGGAAGCAAAGUGGGUCUCACCUUUGGUCCAUGGGAGUAGAGAACUCGGAAUAAAAAAAACAUUAGACGCCGUUGCAUUCCAGGGGAGGGUUUCAUAUAUUUUGGAAAGUCCGAGACAUAGAACGGUGCUCAUUUAUUUUAAGUACCAAUUGCAUGAUAAGAGCUUCACGGACUGCAAUUUUCCAAAAUCUAUUGACUUCCAUGGAUGCAAGUAACCCAUCUUCUUCAAGCCAUCAAUGGAAAUACCACGUCUUUCUAAGUUUCAGAGGUGAGGACACUCGCAAGAGUUUUACAGACCAUCUACACACUGCUUUGAAACAGGAGGGCGUCAUCACCUUUAGGGAUAAGGAAAAUGUUAAGAGAGGAAAACCUAUUUCACUUGAGCUUUUAAAAGCAAUAGAAGAAUCAUUGUUUGCUAUUGUGAUUCUCUCAAGAAGCUAUGCAUCCUCAACAUGGUGUUUUGAUGAACUUGUAAAGAUCAUGGAAUGCAGAAAAAAGAUAGGGCUAAUAGUUUUGCCCAUUUUUUAUGAUGUAGAUCCAUCUGUGGUACGCAAACUGUUGGGAAGUUAUGCAGAAGCCUUCAUUGAACAUGAAAAAAAUUUCAAAAAGAAUAUAAAUAAAGUUCACACCUGGAAAGCUACUUUGAUAGAAAUGGCCAAUCUCGCUUGAUUUUCUUUACCGGAUAGGGAGAAAAAUCUAUUAAAGGCCUAGUCCUAGAUCUUCAUAUGGUGACUGAAUUGGGU